AUGAGCGAAGCGGAGGCGCCUCUCAUCACCGAGGAGGCGGCGGAGCGCGGCCUGGCGUCCUCCGGCAGUCGCCGCCUCAGCGACGGGGCCGGCGGGCAGGGCUCCAGGAAGUACCGCAGGCGGUCGGACGCGCUAGCCCAUGGCGACCGUUACCAGAAGGCGGCCGCUCUCGUCGACCUCGCAGAAGAUGGUGUUGGUAUCCCUGAGGAUGUCUUGAAUGAUACGAGGUUCGGGAGGGCAAUGAGUUUCUAUUUUGUGUAUCUCCGGUUGGACUGGCUGUGGUCACUUAACCUGUUUGCUUUGAUUCUUUUGAAUUUUCUCGAGAAGCCUCUAUGGUGCCGGAAAGAUGCUCUACAGGCUUGUGAUCAAAGGGAUCUUUACUUUCUCGGGCAGUUGCCAUACUUCAGCAAAACUGAAUCACUCAUCUACGAGGGGCUUACACUUGUUAUUCUUGUAAUGGAUAUCUUUUGUCCACUUUCUUAUGAAGGCCUAAAUAUUUUCUGGAGGAGCACCACGAAUAAGUUGAAGAUUCUUCUUCUCUUCAUCUUAGCAUGUGACAUACUGGUGUUUGCCUUUAGUUCCCAACCUUUCAGAUUAGCUCCAUACAUCCGCGUAGUGUUUCUAAUCAUGACUAUCAGGGAACUGCGAAUGUGUGCUAUCACACUGGCCGGUCUUAUUGGGACAUACCUCAAUGUUUUGGCUCUCUCUCUGUUGUUCCUCUUAUUUGCAAGCUGGCUAGCUUAUGUAACAUUUGAGGAUACUCCACAAGGGAAGACCAUUUUUUCAUCAUAUGGUGUAACGCUGUAUCAGAUGUUUGUCCUCUUCACCACCUCCAAUAAUCCUGAUGUAUGGGUGCCUGCUUACAAGAUAUCCCGCUGGUAUUCCCUAUUUUUCAUCGUCUACGUGCUUUUGGGAGUUUACUUCCUGACAAAUUUGAUUCUUGCUGUCAUCUAUGAUAGCUUUAAGGAGCAGUUCGCAAAGCAACUUGUUCAGGUGGACUCUAUCAGGAAAAAUAUAUUACAGAAGGCAUUUGAUCUUAUUGAUACCAACAAUCGGGGUUAUCUCGACAGGGAACAGUGCAUAUCAUUGCUUAAUGAGCUGAACAAGUACAGGUCCUUACCAAAAACCUCAAGGGAAGAUUUUGAAUUAAUUUUUGCCGAGCUUGAUCGAAGUGGUGAUUUCAAGGUUACCUCCGAAGAAUUUGCUGACCUAUGCAAUACCAUUGCAAUAAAAUUUCAGAAAGAACCACCGCCGUCUUAUCUGGAAAAGUUCCCAUUCUACCAUUCACCACUUUGUGGGAGGUUGAAAUCUUUUGUGCGGAGCCGGGUGUUUGAGUUCAUUAUUAUUUUCGUUCUUCUGGUAAACCUAGUUGCCGUCAUUAUCGAAACAACGCUUGAUAUAGAAAACAGCUCCUCACAGGAAACGUGGCAGGAAGUAGAGUUCUUUCUUGGAUGGAUUUAUGUAGCCGAGAUGGCACUGAAAAUAUUUUCAUUAGGAUUUGGUGCUUAUUGGAUGGAAGGCCAAAACAAAUUUGAUUUUGUGCUUACUUGGACUAUAUUUAUUGGAGAGACUCUAACAUUUGCCUUCCCGUCAAAGCUUCCCUUUCUUUCAAAUGGAGAAUGGAUUCGAUAUCUUCUCCUUGGAAGGGUGUUGCGCUUAACAAGAAUUUUGCUGCAAGUUCAACGUUUCAGAGCAUUUGUUGCAACAUUCUUUACCCUGAUGUCUAGUUUGAUGCCAUAUUUGGGGAUAGUAUUCUGUGUUCUUUGCAUGUACUGCUCCCUUGGUUUGCAGAUUUUUGGGGGCAUCGUGUAUGCUGGAAACCCAACACUAGAAGAAACGGACCUCUUCAAUAAUGAUUAUCUUCUUUUUAACUUCAAUGACUAUCCAAGUGGUAUGGUUACUCUGUUCAAUUUGUUAGUGAUGGGCAAUUGGCAAGUAUGGAUGGAGAGUUAUUGGCAACUGACUGGAAAUUCUUGGAGCCUGAUUUAUUUUGUCAGCUUUUACCUUAUUUCAAUAUUACUACUGCUUAAUCUGAUUGUAGCAUUUGUGUUGGAGGCAUUUUUUGCUGAGAUGGAACUGGAGAAAGGUGAAGAGGUUGAUAUCCAGAAUCCUACGUCUGGAGGAAUAAAGAAACGCCGGUCUAUGCGUGUGAGGUCAAAGGGUACGAUGGUUGAUAUUCUUCUGCACCAUAUGCUGAGCAAUGAACUUGAUGGAUCUCAAAACUCUUGA